AUGUGUAGUGCAUGUUAUAUCCCGGGUGGAGGCAGUGUUCCUCCGCGCGAGAACCAGCGCCCUCGUGCAUGUCGGCUUGUGGGUUUUCCACUCCAGGCGGCGCUGGCGGUGAUGGCGGCGGGGCUCCCGGCGGCGAGGGCGGCGCAGCUGCCUCUGUUCGGUAAGGAAACGCCCAAGCGCUCGCCAACGGCCUUGUGCAGAUUGGCACAUAGGCACUCUCCUGCUAUUCGGCUCUUUCUCAACCCCACGCACUUAUCAAAGACGAAAUUAAAUAAUCAUUUACGCAGGUGUACACGCGCCCCUCGAGUCCCGUUCCUUGGAGGUGUGCGUCAAGACUGGUGUGCACGUAACCUUAGUCCUUCUCCGAGACGUGUGUCGCAGUGGUGUGCACGUGCCCCUUUACGUUCCUGUUCCUUGAAUUCGAGGAGCGGGCCCGGCGCCGCCGAGCUGUCCGGCGACGUGCGCGUGGAGUGCGCGUCGGAGCACAUGCGCGUGGCGGUGCGGACGCGCGCGGGCGCCGCCUUCAGCGGCCUCAUCUACCCGCGGGGCCUCUCCAAGAACAGCUCGUGCCUCGCCGAGUUCGUGCACAGCCCCUCGCCCGUCAGCUACCGCCUGCCGCUGCGCUCCUGCAACACCAUGAGCUCCGAGCUGGACGACGGCGGCAUCGAGUACUUCAACACCAUCGUGGUGCAGCCCCACCUGAAGCUGGUGACGAACCAGGGCCGCGGCUUCCACGUGCGCUGCCGCUACCAGCCCCGGGACCGCACCGUCUCCAACGCCAUGAACGUCUCUGGCAUCGUGGACACUGCAGUGGCAACGUGCACACUGCAGUGGCAUCGUGGACACUGCAGUGGCAUCGUGGACACUGCAGUGGUAUCGGGGACACUGCAGUGGCAUCGUGGACACUGCAGUGGCAUCGUGGACACUGCAGUGGCAUCGUGGACCUUGCAGUUGGCAUCUGGACCUAUCGCAUGCAUCGUGGAACUCUGCAGUGCAUCGUGGACACUGCAGUGGCUCAAAUCCGUGACACUGCAGUGGCAUCGUGGACACUGCAGUCAUCGUGACACGCAGUGGCAUCUUGACACUGCAGGUGCCAUCGGACACUGCAGUGGGCAUUCGUGA